AUUAUGCGUAUAUCUGUCAGAUACAUAUACAGAUACAUUUACCAUUUCUAUUCUAAUUGAACGCCAGAGGGAGACAGAGGUAGCCUAUCUUAUCGGACUUUGUUCGCCGAGCGCUUAUCACAUGGCCCUUGACACACCUGUUCACACCACCGCCUCUUUUCCCUCUUUUCCCAUCCCAACUUUUCACCAGUCGCCGAUAAGUCUUGGCCAAAAGCCAGCGGCGCGUUAUGAUAUGACAGUUGGCCUGAGGCCUCUUCACGGAGCGAAAUUAUAAUGCCGCCGGUGCUCCCAUAUCCACGUGGAUAACCCGCCUUUACCGAUACCGAUCCCAAUACCGAUCCCAAAAUGUCGAACGUACCGCCCUACCUGGUUUUCUUCUUUCUGGCCUUCAUUUCCUGCGCGGUCACCUUUUGCUGCCUGAGAUUCUGCAUUUGGGUGUGCUUCGAGGCCAGGAAUUCCAGGAUUCGCAGGCGAAGACAUGACCGCCAGGGAAAUGUGUUCAACGUGCAGGAUGAACCCUCUGGCAACCGCUAUGGCGACAUAUUCUUCAUUGAGCCUGGCAGCGUGGAGGCCAACCGCAUCCGCGACCAGCUGGAGAAGGACGAGAAGGACUUGCCCAGCUACGACGAGGUGAUGCGCAUGUGCAACCUGACCACGCCCACGGCGGCGGCAGCGGGGACGCCACAGUCGCCCCUUGGCGAAGUUCCCGCUCCCAUUGGGAUUGCGGCACUGCCCGCUCCUCCGUACUCGGAGACCGAUCCUCAGGCGGCGACUGUCGCCGGCGGAGCCACUGUCAUUGCGAUGGAACCCGUGGAGCCCUCCACCUCGCGAGCCGCACAAAUUGCGCCCAGCUCUGGUGGCUGCGGGCCACCUGCUCCUCCGCCAACUGCUGUGUGAUCCGCCGGAGACACGGAGUCGCCGGGAAAUGGAACUGAAGCAUUCGCCGUGCCACUCUGGGCCACACAGAUGCCAGUUUGUGUGCGCAUUCAGUACAGAAAUGAACUUGUGUGAUCUUAUUGAGUACUACAUAUCUAGUUAAGCGGUAGAGAUUAAGUGACAGCUAAUGUAAAUACAUAUUUUAAGCGUCUAGGAUGAAAAUUAAAUGAAAAGUGAGUGAGUUAAAAUCAAA